ACCUCCGAUAUUAAAAUCACUGUGAUUUUUUGACUUGGUUCUUUUCUGGUUAAGGUUUCUGUUUGACUAUUUAGUUGGAUAAUUUUAGGCUAACGUUUGCGGCUCAAACUAUUUUAUGAUAAAACUCAUUUUGUGAUUGAAACGAACACUAGAUACCAAAAUCAUCUUCAAGUUGUAUGUGUGCCCUUAAUCCUCUAAAUUGUAGAACUGUUGGUAACACGACCGUAACCUAAACACUAUCAGUGCUACGGUUUGGUAUUUUGGAACGGGAAUGAUGUUGCUACUGCCGUCUGUUCUGCUACUUGUGGCGGGAAGCAUUUGUGUUAGAGGUUUGGCGCCAAUUCACCGAGCUGCCGAGAAGAUUCCUGACAGUUAUAUUGUCAAAGUCAAGGAUGGUUACGACAUAGAUGUUCUUGCCCAGCAGUUAACGGACCAUUCUGUAAUCCGUAGAUCUGGGGCUUCGUUGACACAUCGUUACAGGCGGUCAUUUCGAGGAAUUGGACUUAAUUUACCAACCGACGAAGCACUUGUUUUGGUUCAGAGCCUAGAGGCGGUGGAGUAUGUGGCAGAAAAUGGCAAGGUGCACUUAACCGAAUCAGAUACUGCAAAGGUCAUUGCAUUGGAAGCAUCUCAGAAGAGGGCGCCAGACACGACUGGUAUACCAUGGAAUCUGGACAGGAUCGACCAGGACGAACUGCCAUUAGACGGGAAAUAUAAACCACUCAAUGAUGGCCAAGGAGUAACAGUUUACGUCUUAGAUAGUGGCAUCCUCCCAAAUCACGAGGAGUUUGAUGGCAGAGCGAGAGUUGGUUAUGACGUGUUGGGUGGAAAUGGGAUCGACUGCGUUGGUCACGGUACCCACACUGCGGCCAUUGUGGCAGGCUCGACUUACGGUGUCGCUAAGAAGGCUUCAAUAUGUGCUGUACGAGUUGUCAGUCAUGACUGUGAUGAAGAUGGCACAAUGGCUGAUGUUAUAGCUGGUCUGGAUUGGGUGGCCCACAAUUACGAGAAGCCAGCUGUGGCAACGAUCUCUCUAAACAUGUACGGGGAACACCUACCAUUGGAGAAUGCCCUGGAUGGUCUGAUCAGCGACACGGGUAUCACCGUGGUGGUUGCAGCUGGUAACUUCGAUGACGAUGCCUGUAAUACUAGCCCUUCAUGUGACAAACAGGUCAUCACCGUCGGAGCAACAGACUUCGAUGACGAGCGGUGGCCAUCUUCAAACUGGGGACCGUGUGUGGACGUCUUCGCUCCGGGGGUGAACAUCAAGAGCGCGACCUUCACGGGACCAAGUGAUACAGAUGAGCUAAGCGGUACAUCGGAGGCAUGUCCCCAUGUUACAGGAGCAGCAGCAAUUAUUUUGUCCGAGGAUGGCUCGCUGUCCCAUGCCGAGGUCAAGGCCCGGAUCAUAGCCUCUGCCACCCCGGACGUACUUCGCUUCAACGAGGGUAACACAACUGACUACCUCGUAGAAACUGUCAAUCUGCUUCUACGCGUCCAGACUGAACCGACAACCAAAGAGGAAGUUGUUGAGGCAGAGGAAAAGAUCGUCAUUGCUACUACUGUAAACCCCAACGUCUUGAAGAUGGAGAACUUCAUGCACAAUAUGGAACAUCUUGAAGAGGUUGAGAUUGAAAAUUCUAAAACAGACGUUCCUGAUUUUUGAUGUUAAAACAACUGAAACGAGCCCAUAAUAAAGGUGUCAUCAUUAUUAGUGAAAAAAAGAAAAGAAAGGAAAAAAUAUAUAUAUAAAUGUUAACUUACUUAUAAUUAUUUAUGUAUCUUUA